AUCCCCUCGACGCCAAGAUGGACGCCCUCAUCGUCGCAUCGCCCACAAAGCACCCGAGAUCGCUCGAGCCGAGAUGGCGACCGAGAUGGCCUGCCUGUCGUCGCUCCUCUCCCCUCGCCGCCCUGUUCUCCCAUCCUCCUCUCCUCCCCUCUGCUCCGCUCGCGGCCGUCGUGCCUUCGCGCCCCCGCUUCGGUCCCGCUGCAAUCGCGGCCUCGAAAGGCUCUCGCUGAGAUUUAGGGCGACAGCCGACCAGCAAGGUCAGGUUCAGGAUGAUGAGAUCGUUGACGGCAAAAUCCUACAGUACUGCAGCAUAGACAAGAAAGACAAGAAGACACUAGGAGAGCUUGAACAAGAAUUCCUGCAAGCUCUACAAUCAUUCUACUAUGAUAAGAAGGCGAUCAUGUCAAAUGAGGAAUUCGAUAAUCUUAAGGAAGAGCUAAUGUGGGAAGGAAGCAGUGUGGUCAUGCUGAGUCCAGAUGAACAGAAGCUUUUGGAAGCUUCGAUGGCUUACGUGUCUGGAAACCCCAUAAUGACAGAUGCUGAAUUCGAUGAGUUGAAGCUGCGAUUGAAGAAAGAAGGAAGUGAUAUUGUACAAGAGGGUCCACGAUGCAGUCUUCGUAGCAGAAAGGUUUAUAGUGACUUGAGUGUUGACUACUUCAAGAUGUUCCUGCUGAAUGUUCCUGCAGCUGUUAUUGCUCUUACACUGUUUUUCUUUUUAGAUGAUUUGACAGGCUUUGAAAUCACAUAUCUUUUAGAGUUGCCAGAGCCCUAUGGUUUCAUCUUUACGUGGUUUGCUGCUUUACCACUAAUAUUUGUGUUAUCACAAGCAAUCACAAAUGCCAUCGUGAAAGAUUUUCUCAUCUUGAAGGGUGCUUGCCCAAACUGUGGUACAGAAAACGUUUCUUUCUUUGGGACUCUAUUAUCAGUGCCUAGUGGUGGUUCCACAAACACAGUCAAAUGCUCAAACUGUGGCACAGCAUUGGUGUAUGAUUCAAAUUCACGAUUGAUUACACUCCCAGAGCCAAGUGAAGCAUGAAGCUUCAAGAACAGCCUUGCUGAUAAGCAACUUCAGAGUAAAAGCAUGUUGAACUCCAAUUUCCCAUAUGUACAGUCUUGGUGAGAUUGAUGUAUUGCUAAUGAAUGGAAGGUUGUUCAGUGUAAGAAUAAUUGUAUAUGUAUCAACGCUGUCAUAAUCUAUCUUCAGUACUGUAGUUGCUUCGGUAGACAGAUCAGGUGUAAAUUCGGCAAAUUUACUGAUGAUCUUUAUCAUAUAAUAGGAUGAAAAGAAGAAAAGCUUACUGUCUGCCUA